AUGGCACGAACAAUGUUGGCAUACUUUAUGGAAAUAGCAACCGAACUUUCGAAAAAACAAAUCACGUUUUCAACUGGCGUUGGUUCUCAUCCAUACUCAAUUGCGGUCGACCAUUUCAAUGAUGAUGGAUUUCUCGACAUAGCUAUCGCUAACUCUGGUACUCAUCAAAUAGGUGUACUUCUCAAUAACGGCAAUAAAAGUUUCGCUAGACAAGUCAUCUAUUCCAUUGGUGCUGCUUCUCCAUAUGCCAUUGGAGUCGGAGACUUCAACCAAGAUAAUCGAUUAGACAUCGUCGUCACUAAUAACGGUCUUGAAAAUAUAGGUGUACUUCUUGGAUAUGGAAACGGCGAUUUUGAAAAUUCAAUCAUGUAUUCCACUGGAUCUUAUUCUUCGAUUUCAUUCGCAAUAGGUGAUCUCGACGCGGACCACAGAUUAGACAUUGCCGUCGUAAACAAUGAUACUGACAGCAUAGAUAUUCUCCUUGGUCAAUUUGAAGGUUUUUUAAAUCAAACAACGUAUCCAACCGGCUCUUCUCCAUCAUCUGUAGCUGUUGGUGAUUUCAACAGUGACACUCGACUAGAUAUCGUUGUCGCCAAUUAUAAGAGCAAUGAUACGAGUGUCCUUCUUGGAUAUGGGAAUGGUUCUUUUGCAAAAGAAACAAGAUAUUCAGUUGGAAACUACCCCACGUCUGUAGGUGUUGGUGACUUCAAUAACGACACUCGGUUAGAUAUUGUUGUCGUCAAUCAAGAUAGUAAUGAUGUGAGUGUCCUUCUUGGAUAUGGGAAUGGUUCUUUUGCAAAAGAAACAAGAUAUUCAGUUGGUUCUUCUCCACGAUCUGUAGCUGUUGGUGAUUUCAAUAACGACACUCUGUUAGACAUCGUUGUGGCUAAUCGCGAUAGCAAUGAUGUGAGUGUCCUUCUUGGAUUUGGGAAUGGUUCUUUUGCAAAACAAGCAAGAUAUUCAGUUGGCUCUGCUCCAGGAUCUGUAGCUGUUGGUGAUUUCAACAACGACAGUCGACUAGAUAUCGUUGUUGUCAAUGGGAAUAGCUAUGAAGUGAGUGUACUUCUUGGAUAUCAAAAUGGUUCUUUUGCAAAAGAAACAAGAUAUUUAGCUGGCUCUGCUCCACAUUCUGUAGCUGUUGGUGAUUUCAACAAUGACACUCGACUAGAUAUCGUUGUCGCUAACUAUUUUAGCAAUGUUGUGAGUGUCCUUCUUGGAUUUGGGAAUGGUUCUUUUGGAACUGUCACAAACUUUUCAGUUGGCUCUACUCCAAUAUUUGUAGCUAUUGGCGAUUUUAACAACGACACUCGAGUAGAUAUUGUUGUCAUCAAUCGUUAUAGCACUGAUGUGAGUGUCCUUCUUGGAUAUGAAAAUGGUUCUUUUGCAAAAGAAAGAAGAUAUUCAGUGGGUCUUGAAGCAUGGUAUGGAGCUGUUGGUGAUUUCAACAACGAUAGUCGACUAGAUAUCGCAGUUGCCAAUUCAGGUAGAAAUGAUGUGAGUAUUCUCCUGCAAUAUAACCGAGGAGCGAUAGCAUAUAAAAUGUCCUAUGCAUCUGGUGGUGGGUCCGACUUACAAUGCGUAGUGAUUGGUGAUUUGAAUAAUGACAGUAACCUGGAUAUCGUCUUGGCUAAUUACGGUAGUAAUAGUGUAGGUUUCCUUGUGGGAUAUGGAAAUGGCAGUUUCAAAAAUGAAAUCUUGCUUAGCAUUGACUCGAAUUCUCAUCCGAAUUUAAUUGCUAUUGGCGAUUUCAAUGACGACAGUAUAUUAGACAUUGCUGCUGUCAAUUAUGGUACAAAGAAAGUAGAUAUGUUGCUUGGGUACGGGCACGGAACGUUUGCAAGUCAAACAAGUGAAGGUAUUAGUGUCGAUUCACGCCCGUUAGCUAUUACUUCUGGUGAUUUUAAUAAUGACAAACGAUCGGAUAUUGCUAUCUCCUACCACGGAAGCGAUAACGUAGAUAUCUUUGUUGCAUGCAACCUUGGUUCUUUUGCAAAAGAAGCAAGAAAUCCCGUUGGUAAAUCGCCACUGUCUGUAGCUGUUGGUGGUUUCAACAGC